CAUGUGCAGAAAAAGAACGGAAGGAAGGCACUGGAAGUAGUAGUAGUAGUAGUAUUGUCCACGAAAUGUACGUAGUCUUGUAAACGCUUGUGUUUUAUCUGUAUCGACUGGCGCAGUCUUCGCCUUUUGGAAAAUGGAGAAUUAUGGUUUCACAGUGCUGAAUUCUACGGAAAUCUAAGUUUCGGUUUUUCUGGAGCCCGUCUACUAUCUCCUGUUGUUGGAAGGGUUUCACAGUGCUGAAUUCUAUGGAAAUCUAAAUUACAGUUCUUUGGAGCCCUUCUACUGUCUCUUAUUGUUGGACGGUGCAGUAUAUUCACCAAGAAUGUGACCAUUCCUAAGAAUAUGAAGUUUUGCAGAUUUUAUAGAAACUUAGAUGAAUGAAGAGAAACAGCUACUGAGUAGUAGACCCUUUAUUUGCUUUUCUAGUUGAUUUUGUUAUUAGAAAAUUCAAAGAUGUCUGUACGGGAAGGGACAAGACGGAAAAAGAUUUCUGUGCGUCAUAUGCUAGGAACAUGGGAAGGAAAAAUUGAGGGGUGCAAUUGUCCGUCAUGCAAAGAAUAUGAUGAGGAUCAAGUAUUAUCAGGUAUCAAUAAAAGCCCAACAAAAGGUGCCCAAAAGAGCGUAAAAGGAUCAAAGACAGUAUCUAAGAAAACUGUUAUCAAAGUGAAGACAACCAAAGUUGUGGUUGAUGUAGGCACUGCUGAUGUUUUUGGAAAAAAGCAUUAUAAUAAAAAAAUUCCACUUAAAAAAUGUGAUAAUACAAAUUUUUUGCAAGAUUUUGAAAGAGGUGAGGAAUGUAAUCGUAAUGAUAGUGAUAGAAAGCCUUUAGAAGUAAGAUAUGACUAUAAGUUGAAUGAUAAAUCCAUUUCAAGAGCUUCAGAACCUCUUCCUUUAGAUGUAAGUGAAUUUCAGAGUUAUUGUAACAAUAUUCAAGAAACUGAUGAUUCCAAUGCAACAGAGAAGGAAAGUGCAUUUCGCAAGGAUAUUAAUCUUAAGAGAGAAAAAUUGGAAGAAAGUGUACAUCAGGUGAACUCGAGACAGAAAAUGAUUAUUUUGUCUUCUAAUCAGAAGGUUCAGAGUAAAGUUAAACAAAAUUAUGAAGACCCCCCAGGAGAUGUAAUUCAGAUUAAGCAAGAGCCAGAUGAUUUUUUAUCAGAUGAUGAAGACUUUGAGAGAGAUGAUAGUGAAAGGCUUCCCAGUGAUGAGACCAUUAUAGACUCCAGAGUUAGAAAGAGAGCAAGAAUGGUGACAGCUGAAAUAGAAAAUAUAUAUGCUAAGCCUCGUAUGGUUUUCACAGGAAAGGGUGUUGUGAAGAAAAUUGAACCAGGUUUAGACAAAACUCCUAAGUCUAGACGUGGAAGGAAGCCCUCUAAGAAUCUUUCUCCUGUGAAAGUAAAGCAAGAGCCUAAAGAUCCUGAAGAAAAUGAAGACAGUGAUUUAGAUCAACUUCAGAAAGCAUUGACAGAAGCAGCCGAAAAUAUUGAUGUGGGAGAUGACUUCAUUGAUGCUCUGAAUGAAUUUGAUGAGGAGCCACAAGAAGUUAAAGUUAAGAAGAAAACCAGAUUUAAGAUGUUUAAGCGUGUCGAUUCUGAUGGUGACAAGUAUAUUGAAUGCAAUAUGUGUUUCAAGAUGCUUAAAGAAUCAUCUAUGAAACAACAUUAUAAAACUCACACUGGAGAAAAGCCUCAUACAUGUGAUGAGUGUGAUGCCAGGUUUACUAGAAAAGGAGAUGUUGAAAGACACAAAAGGUUAGUACAUAAAACUCAGAAGCCUUUUAAAUGUAGGAAAUGCAAACGAAAUUUUUCUGAUAUAAAAAAUUUGAAACUUCAUCUUCAGAAUCAUGACAAAGCCAUAUAUUAUGCUUGUAAUACCUGUAGAUUCAAGUUUGGGAAAAGAGAAUAUUAUGAAAAUCACAUACGAUACAUUCACCCUCUUCCAGAUGGAACUAUGCCUCUCUUUGGUGAUGUGGAUCAUGAUAUUGCCUUAGAACAGCUCCAAGAAAUUGAAAAUGAAGAAAAGAAAGAAAAGCAGGAAAAAGAAGGGAAAAGCAGAGUUGAGUCUGUAUAUCCAAUUAAAAGUGAAUUGGAAACUCUGGAUAAUGGUGGGGAAAAUGAUGCUGCAGAAAUUACAGUUACCGAAAAUGCAGAAGAACAUCCUAAGUUAAGGACACCUGACAAGGGCAGUGUCCAAAAAGCUCCAACAGAUAACACCCAGGACUUGCAAAAUGUUGAAGUAAGUGGCAAUGUCAGUUCUGAUACAUCCAGUGUCAAAAAUAGGAGUCAAGGAGGUACAAAUAUUACAGUUUCGAAGGGCACCUUAAGCUUUACUCAAACUGUAUCAGACAUGGGAACCCAAGAUGAAGAUUUGGUAAACAAAGUAAUUGCUGAUGCGGUAAACCAAGCAGCCAACACUAUUGAAAGACUUCAGACAGUUGCUGGAGCAAAUAUGUCUGGAAAUUACAUUGAUCUUGAUGAUGAUGAAGAAGAAGACUUGAUGGAUGAUGAUGAAUUUCAGGAUAUCUUAGACUCAGGGGGCUAUGAUAUUAUUCCAGUAACAGAGCAAAAGUCGUUUGAACAGCCGUCUGAAAUUCACAUCAGUGCUUGUGUUGGAGGACAGAAAAAGAAAUUUAUCAUACAAAUUCCUGCUGGAAGUAACUUCAAUGUCCAAACACCUGAUGGAAUGGAAAUGAUUGUAAGCAUUGUCAACCAGCUGUGUGGUGGCAAAGGUGAAUUAGAUGGCCCUGUUGAAGUUGUGAUGCAGAAUUCAGGCACAAGGACAAUCUUUGACUAAAUGACUGUUUUAUGAAAAAUAAUUUGGAAAAACUGCUAAUGCUGGGAAGCGCAUAUUGAAAUUGUAUUUCUUUUUAAGGAUACAAAAUGUUGUCAUUUUAAUUUGUCUGGAUGAGUAUGACAGACUAAUUGCUCAGGUUAAACUGAUCAAGAAAUGUUUACUAUUGGUUUAGGUCUCCCAGCUAGGACAGAAUCCAUGUUUUAUGUGACAGACCUUUCAUUAAUUGACUUAGUCCACUGAGACAGGUACAUGUGUGUGCCAGGGAGUAGUUCACCAAGACAGGUACAUGUGUGCCAGGGAGCUUUUGACUUUCAUAAUAAUGUACAUUUUCAUAUUUAUUCCUUUUCAAGUCUGUAUAGCAUCGUGCAAGUUUUUUGUUAAAAAGUACUGAUCACUGUUGUAAGAAGGCAGUAAGGCAGUCCCCGGUUAUCAAGGGGGUGGGGGGGGAAGAGUUCCAUUCUCAGCAGGGUGCUGAUAACUUGAAAUUUGCCAUUAACCGAAACUGCAAUUAACGGGUGCCAAGUUUCAGUUAUUGGCGCCUCUGUCAGGUAUGUUAUGGCGCCAUAACUAUUAUUGGCAUCUUAUGGUGCCGAUAAUUGAAACUCAGUCUGUUGAGAUGCUAGACAAUCACCAGAAAACCAGUUCAGCAUUGACCGAGACCCCUGAUAAUAUAACGAGGGACUGCCGCACUGGGGAUUUUAAACAUUGGAUGUGUUAGGGAGAUUUUAUGUACUUUUGUCUGACUGUUUGUUACUCAACCAGCAAGUGUUGAUUUUUAAUGUAGCAGCUGCAUUGUAUAUAGUCAUAUGGAUAUAUAUUGUUUUUCCUUUCUUCCAGUAUGUAUACAUAAUACACAUCUAAAUUACUUUAA